AUCUGGUGAGUGUGAUAAACAGAGCGCAGCUCCGCCCGCAGAGCUCAGAUUACUGCAGCUGAGUCUCAGAGAGGAGGAUCUGCUCUGGUCAUGUUAACCUGACUGACUGAAGAUCUUCCACCCAUUCCUGAUCCUGACCACAGUCCGACCUCCAGCAGGUACAGCAGAUGGUGGAAAUGGGACUUUUGGAACUACAGUGGUUUUGGCUGGGCCUCGUUUUUCAGCUCUGUGUUCUGCAGAGUUCCUCUCUUUCCGUUCGUUUCCUGAACCAGCAGCCCGUCUACGUGGUCAGCGGCCAGAUCCUGAUCCUGCAGGUCCAGAUAGACCUGGACUCUCCAGACGACUCCAUCACUAAAGUGAUAUGGGAGCAUCAGGCCAAGAGGAAUUCUGGGAAGACUGUAGUGGCUGAAUAUCCCACUAAGAGCUCUGGUGGUCGGGUGGCUGUAGAAAAAGGCGGAGCCGUGAUGAAGCUGAGCAACUACCAGAGAACAGACAGCGGGGAGUACACCGUAACCGCCUCCGACAGACGGGGGAACCAGAAAUCAGCAACCUGCACCGUCCACGAGUACGAGGCUGUUCAUCACGUGUCGGUGAUGGUGAACGUGUCUCACGCCGUGCUGCACUGCCGCGAGGCGUGGGGAACCGAUCCCACGUUCAGCUGGUUCCAUGAACAGGCCGCCGUGACCCAGGCUGUGGGUAAAGUGCUGGACAGUGGGAGUACUCUUCAUCUCUCUAUCCCACUCUGUGGACACUUCACCUGUGUGGUGUCCAACAAGCUGGGCCACAGCUCCGCCACCUACACUGCAGAGCCCUGUGAGAAGAGUAAUGGAGGUACAGCUGUAGCCGUUGUGUGUCUCCUGCUUCUGCUGCUGCUGGCUGGAGUUCUGGGCUUCCUGUACUGGAGGAGACGCAGCGGCACAAACGACUGGCGCCGACUCGUGUCUUCAGAAGAUCCAGCAAACAGAGCUGAACCCGCGUAUCUCUGCGACGUCGGAAGGGAGGAGGACGUGUGAUUCCCCUGAGAGAGAGAGUCUUCUCUCUCUGCAGCACUGUGACCUCAAACGCUAGCUCUGCUAACAGCUAACAGCACAUGAACUCCAGCCUCCAGCGGGGGAGGGUUAGCGUCUUCAGCUGAUCUUACACAAGCGAUAAACAACCACAACAGCACACUGUAGCCUUACUGUACUGUAGCAUUUCGGCUAAAGUCCUCCGCUCACGUGCUGUGAAGAAGGGAAGGAAGCUGAUGGUUAGCCACUGUUUGAAGCUUUUAAAGAAGGAACACUUGCACUGUUGUUGGUUUUCUCUCAGGUGGUUUUAGAUUUAGAAAUACUGUCUGUGACUCGGAGCUGUUUAAGAGUACCGGUAUUAUCAGAAUACUGUGCCUUUUAGUGUUCCUUAACUAAAAAAAAUAAAUAAAUACUGGUUAUUUAUAAAAUAUUUAUAAAAUUUGUAAGUCAUAUUUUCCCAGCUAAUGUUAUGGAAAAACCUUAAAAGUAACAUUCCCAAAACUAAAAAUUAGUUGCAAGAACAUUACCAGAACGUUUAAAAUGUUAAAUAAACCUGUUCUAAGAACAUCCAAAAAGAAAAUGGGCGAUUUUAGUUCUUUCAUCUGUUUCGAUUUUAAUUACCGUAUUUUUCGGACUAUAAGGCGCACUUAAAACCUUUUAAUUUUCACAAAAAUUGACAGUGCGUCUUAUAAUACGGUGCGCCUUUUGUAUGGAUUUUACUCGUCAGGUUGUAAGGAGCAGUAAACACACACUCCGUGCAGCGUUAUAGAGAGUUUCAGUGCUAUACAGAGUCCAGAGCCGUGCAGCUCCGAGGCUGAGCAGCAAUAGCAUUAGCUAGAUGCUAACCGCUAAGCUAGCUAGCUUAUUCACUGAGAUCAGUAUUAUCUAAAUUUUACUCGUCAGGUUGUAAGGAGCAGUAAACACACACUCCGUGCAGCGUUAUACAGAGUUUCAGUGCUAUACAGAGUCCAGAGCCGUGCAGCUCCGAGGCUGGAGCAGCAAUAGCAUUAGCUAGCUAAUUCACUGUUCAGAGAUCAGUAUUAUCUAAAUUAUCUAAAGUAAACACACACUCCGUGCAGAGCCGUGCAGCUCCGUGGCUGGAGCAGCAAUAGCAUUAGCUAGAUGCUAACCGCUAAGCUAGCUAGCUUUUUCACUGUUCAGAGAUCAGUAUUUUCUAAAUUUAGCACUUUUAAUACUGCUGGAGCAGUAUUAUUAGAGUUAGAUGCUAAUCGCUAAGCGUUCACCGUUCAGAGCUGAGUUAUCGGCCUGUAAGUCUGUGCUAGUUUGCCUGGCUAGCAUUAGCUAGAUGCUAAGCGCUAACUCUCUCAGAGGUGAGUUUUAUCAGCCUGUAAUCUGCUUGUUUACCGUGUUAAAACAAGCUACGGGGGACGAAUCGCUAGCUAAUAUCUCACUGUCUUACCAGAACACGCAGGAUUACUCAGUGUAACGCUGUCGUUUAAGUUUGGGUUAACUUUACUAGUUUAGGUGACUAGCUAGCGUGCUAGCGGAUAGCUAUGCUAACGCUGGUGCAGCAAGCCUUAGUGGAAAUCUGGAAAUCUAAGCUUACUGUAAAUAAACUGAAGCACGUUACUCACCCAAAUAAACAGUUUUCAGGAGAGGAAUCUGUGUAGAUUAAUCUCCAGCACUCGUUUGACUUUGAAAGAGCUAGAUUUGUAUCCCGUGGGGGAAGGGAAACAUGGCGCCACCCCUGUUCACUUUGAUAUAGGCACCCUUUCUAGUGUCACUUAACGCGCCUUAUAAUGCGAUGCGCCCUAUGUAUGGAAAAAUACCAGAAAAUAGGCGUUCUUUGAUAGUGCGUCUUAUAAUACGGUGCGCCUUAUAGUCCGAAAAAUACGGUAUUUAAACUGUUUAUAAUAUUUUUAAGACUUCAGACUACACAAAAAUCAUAUUUUCCCAGCUUAAUCAUUUACUAAAAACCUUUAAAAGUAAAAAAAAAAACAGAUUUUUUAUUAUUUCAACUCUUUUGAUUUUAAAAAUUUCAACUGUUAAAAAUAUUUAUAAGAUUCAGACUACACAGAAAACCUUAAAAGGAACAUUACCAGAACGCUUAAAUAAACCCGUUCUAAGAACACUGUUCUAUUAACAGUUUUGACUGUAAAUUAUUUCUAUAAUAAGUAUCAACGACAUUAACAGAAAGCUUAAAAACGUUAAAUAAACCUGUUCUAAGAACAUCCAAAAAAAUGGCAGACUUUUAUUGUCCCAUAACUUUUAUAAAAAAGAACAUUUCUGUUAAUGCUGUUUUGAUUUUAAUUAUUUCAAUUGUUUUUAAUAUUUGUAAGACUUUGGACUACACAGAAAUCAUAUUUUCCCAGCAUAAAGUUAUGGAAAAACCUUAAAAGUAAUAUUCCCAACGCUAAAAAUUUGUUACAGCGACAUUAAACAAGGAACUUGUACUGUUAUUGGUUUUAGAUUUAGAAAUACUGUCUGUGACUCGGAGCUGUUUAAGAGUACUGGUAUUAUCAGAAUACUGCGCCUUUUAGUGUCUCAUAACUUUAAAAAAAUGACUGAUUUUAAUUGUUUCAACUGUUUAUAAUAUUCAUACUACACAGAAACCAUAUUGUUCCAGCCUAAUGUUAUGGAAAAACAGGUUAAAUGUUAAAAGUAACAUUCCCAAAGCUAAUAAUUUGAAUGCCUAAACACGCUUAAUGCUUAAAUAAACUCAUUGUAAGAACAUUCGAAAAGAAAAUGGCAGAUUUUUGUUGGUCCAUAACUUGAAAAACAAACAGAUUUUUAAUUCUUUCGACUGUUUAUAAUAUUUAUAAGACUUCAGACUACACAGAAAUCAUAUUUCCCCAGCUUAAUAAUUUUCUGAUGUUAUGUAAAAACCUUAAAAGUAACAUUCCCAAAAGUUUAAAAGAAAGAACAUUCUAAGAACGUUUAAAAAGGCUGGCAGAUUGAACUUUCCAAGAACUUUCAACUUUUGGUGUCCCUUAACUGUUUAAAAAUUACAGAUUUUUAAGUUAUUUGACUGUUUAAUUAUACCUAUAAUAAGAAACAUUACCAGAACAUUUAAAAACAUUAAAUAAACCUGUUCUAAGAACAUCCAAAAAAUUGGCAGACUUUUGUCGUCCCAUAACUUUUAUAAAAAAAAGUACAGAUUUUUAAUUCUGUUAAUGCUGUUUUGAUUUUACUUAUUUCAAUUGUUUGUAAUAUUUGUAAGACUUCAGACUACACAGAAAUCAUAUUUUUCCAGCCUUAAAAGUAACAUUUGCAAAGCUAAAAAUGUGUUGCAGCAACAUUAAUGGAAUGCUUUAAAACAUUAAAUAAACCCGUUCUACAAACAUCUAAACAUCUAAAUCAGGGGUGUCCAAUCUUUUUUUGUUGGGGGCCAGAAGGAGAAAUAUAUUUGAAGUCACAGGCCACAGACUCUGUAAUAAACAUAUAAUGAAAUAUACCACUUUAAAUAAUACAUUUUCCUGAUUAUUUCAUUUACACACCGUUUUACUUGACUUACUAUCUUUAUCUUUGACAGUGUUGUGUAAACUAAGAUUUUUCAAAUUGAUGUUUUAUUUCAUGAUGUCUCUUAAUAUUACACUCCUUAAUUACGGCAACUUUUAGACUCUUUGCCCCGUUUUUCUGUGCUACAACUGAACACUCUCGGCACUUUUAGACUCUUUGGCCUGUUUUUCUGUGCUACAACUGUGCACUCUCUCUGCUUUUAGACUCUUCUGCCCGUUUUUCUGCGCUUUAACUCCACUCUCGCCGCUUUUAGACUCUUUGUUCUGUUUUUCUGCGCUUUAACUUCACUCUUGCCGCUUUUAGACUCUUUGGCCCGUUUCUGACAGCUAGCGUUCAAACUUUGAAUCUCACAUUAUAAAAACCUGCGUAACAGCGGGCCAACUUUCAUUCUAUUUCUAAAAUACCUCGCGGGCCGCUCCAAAAAAGGAAACGGGCCGCAAAUGACCCGCGGGCCGUAGUUUGGACACCCCUGAUCUAAAUGUAUUUCUGAAAAUAGCUAAAUAAAUCAUUGAAAUUAUUUUAAAACAUUUUCAUUUUAAAAACAUUUAAAUGAACCAGGCGGGACUGCAGAAAUGGCAAAAAAAAACACCCCCCACAUCGAAUAAAACUGUAUAAAAUGUACCAAAAAUGACUGUAAGUGAAGGUUAACAUUCCUCCAUAUUUGUAACAAUAUGUUCAUUCAGAGUGCAUGUAGAAACUGUAUUGUUACACAGUGUUUGAACAGGCUGCGACACAGAAAGGCACUUUAUACUGAUAUUAUAACGCAAUAGUGUCUGUGAAUGUGGACUGUACUGUACUAUUCCUGUACACUUUUCUUGUUAAGCACUCAUUAUUGUUUUAAAUAUCAAGUUUUGUGUAUAUAAAAUGUGUAUAAAAUAUAUAAA